AGGGCAGGUAAAAUCACUGAAAUAUGUAUGUUGAAAAACAAAAGUUUUUCUACAGAAUUUAUUGUUUCAUACCAAGGAGUGUAUGUUUCAGGAUAAGGCAGAAAAAAUUGCAUUUACUAUUUGGGGGACUGCUCUUGCUACUUAUUUAUUACCAAUUUAAUAACCAAAUAUGGCAGAGACCACCAGCACAACCAAGAAUAUUCAGUCCAUAUAGAAUGAUCUACCAAGUGAGAAAAUCAGAGAUCCCACCAAAGCCUGAUGUUAUCAAGGUACUAGCAUGGUCACCUCUUGCAAACAGACAUUUCUCAGAUGAUACUUUCAGAUCCUGUUCUCAGCCAAACUGCAAAUUCCUGGCUGAUAGAAGUGUGCUCAUGCCUCUGUUGAAAUCGAAAGCAUUAUCUCCUAUAGAACGCUACAAACUAGAUCUUAAGUUACUUCAGAAAGCUGAUGUUGUGCUUUUCCAUGCCUUAUCUGAUGAAUUCAGAAGAGCUGUAAUUCCCCCUAUGAGGACCCCUUGGCAAAAAUGGGUGUUCACAACAGCAGAGGCACCACGUCGUGAUUUCUUCCAACAUGCAGAUUAUGCAAAAUGGAGGCAUCUUAUGAACCUUACAGUAACCAUUAAAGCUGAUGCAGACAAGCAAUUAAUAUAUGGCUAUUACAGCGAAACACUUGAAAUUGACCCUGGCUAUACCUUACCAGACUACUUCAAAAGGACAGGAUUGGUUGCUUGGGCCGCAAGCCACUGUAAGACAGAGUCAUAUAGAGAGCAAUUUAUAGAAAAACUGCAAAACUUUAUCCCGGUUGAUACAUAUGGCCGCUGUGGAAAACAUCCAUGCCCAGGGAAUGACGUAGAGGACUGCUUUUACUAUAUAGGAAGUCGGUAUAAAUUUUACCUGGCCUUAGAAAACAGCGACUGCCCUGAUUAUAUCACUGAGAAAUCCUGGAGGAACUCUCUAACACAUAACCUUGUACCGAUAGUACGUGGGAAACUGAACAAUUACAGAAAAUACUUGCCCCCUGGAUCAUACAUACACACUGAUAAUUUUGAAUCUAUAGAACAACUAGCCAGGCAUUUAUUGAAUGUGUCUCAAAAUAGAACACUCUACGAGUCAUAUUUUACUUGGAAAUUUAAGUAUGAGGUCCAUAACAGAGAUACUUUUAUGGACUUGUGUAGUAUAUGUGAGGUGGUGCAUGAUACAUGGGACAUAAAGCAAUCCUGGGAUCUAGAUAACUGGUGGUCUCCAGACCAAUGUUUGCAUAAUCAAACAGACUAUCUGGCUUAAGAUAGUUCCAGACUUUCAGAAAAAAACCGGAAAAAAUGUGACAUAUCAGUUUAGCAUGAUUUUAACUAAUAUA